CGCAGUCAUUCAAAAGUAAACGGGGGUUGCUAUGGGCUUCGGUUUAUGAGGGCAGAGCGAUUUGAUUUCUACUGGGCCACCUUUAGUGCAAGAAAUUGACAGUGAAGCUCGCUAAUUUUGAAUUUCCACUUGAAUUAAAGCAACUUCGAAUAGCCAUGGUCACGAAGAAACUCUCACGAGGACAGAAAAUGAAAGAAGGCAAAGCACAGCUAGCCAGUAAGAAUGGCAAGAAGCCUGAGGGAGCAGGAGGAAGCUCCUUCUUCACUUGGUUCAUGGUGCUGGCCCUCCUGGGGGUCUGGACCUCCGUGGCCGUCGUCUAUUUCGACCUGGUCGACUACCAAGGCGUCAUCGUCAAGGCAAAGGACAUGCACAUUACCCUCUCUGAGACACUGCAAGGUAAACUUUCGUCCUAUGACGCCGAUGGAGAUGGUGACUUCGAUGUGGAGGAUGCUAAAGUAUUGCUAGAUGAACCUCGACGCGAUCGGAAAAGAGUGAGACACAGAGGUACUUUACCUGCUCCCCCAUUCUCUCUGCUGAGACACAGAGUCGACUUAGUUGACACAGAAUCUCCAAAAACAAAGGUCAAGAAAAAUAAGGCGACAGAAGAUGAAAAGCCAGGACAUGUUGCCAAGAGAGAAGCCCAAAAAGAACACCCUCUGACCAAAGACGUGGGCUGGAAGCUGAGGGAGGCACUAAAACAGCAGCUAGCCAUCAUCCAUGAGCGAGUGGAAGCCAAAAAGAUUGCCAAGAUGGCGCUGGCCGAGGUGAGGAACAUCCUGGCCAGGGAGGAGGAAGAGAAGGUCCUGGGGGUGACGAGGGAUGAGUCGGCAAAGAAGGCCAAGGUGGCGGUAGCAGCUAGGAUGAAGGAGGAGGAGGAGAAGAUAGAGAAGGAGGAGUUUGAGAAGGCCUUGGAGAAGAUUAGGAGAGACAAAGAGCAGGAGGAGGAGAAGGGCAAGAAACAUAAGAAGGAGAAGAAGCCAGAGAAGAAGUCGGGGAAAGAGGCAGAGGCGGUGGGUCAGAAGGCAGAGGCCCCAAAAGAGGCCAAAAGUAAAGAGGCCCCCAAAGCUUCUGCUAAAAAGCUCAAGGUGUCUGAUAAGGGGGUCAGGAAAUGAUGCGAGACUCUUCACACCUGCACUACCUAUGGGUAGGCAGUGACACAGGAUGUUAAAUUAUUCAGGAGAAACCCCUCCAGUGAGAGCCUUCACUCCAGUUAUAAACCUCUGCGAAUGGGAGUAGGAAACCACCUAGUGUGCAGGGCUUCCAUUCCCGCAAUGUAUAGUGCAUAUUGUUUUAGCCACUUCCUGCUUGUGAGAAUCACAAUGAUGUCCUCUAUAGAAUUAUGAACUGUUAAAGGAAAGGUGCCAAGAGUACCACAAGGUGCUAUAAUCUUACAAUAAAGAUAACAUUAUUUAGAGUCACUAGAGAAUACAUUUGUAGAAUUGGACAAAGACAAAAUAAUUUAUUUAGCAUUUAGUGGAGAUGGAACACGUGAUUUCAUCAAAGGACAAAUUAUAGAUUUGAAAGGAUCAGCUAUGUGUGUUCUGUGUUAAUAAAGUUGCUGGAUCCUU